AUGCCUGCCAAGAAUGUGCAAUAUUUUGCCUUUUUUACCUUCUGCUUGCUGUUUGUGCCAGUUUGCUGGGGGGCCAAUGGGAUCUAUGCCCAGAAACUGCUCAAUGAUUUAUUUAGAAACUACACAAGUGCGCUGAGGCCAGUGGAAGACACAGAAGACAUCCUGAACGUCACACUACAGAUCACACUCUCCCAAAUCAUUGACAUGGACGAGCGUAACCAGAUUCUGACAGCUUAUUUAUGGAUACGGCAAGUCUGGAUUGACAAGUAUCUCACCUGGAAUAAGGCGAACUAUGAUGGGCUUGAUACCAUCCGUAUACCUGGUAGUUACGUAUGGAGACCUGAUAUAGUCCUAUAUAACAGUGCUGAUGAUCACUUCACCAGCACUAUGGACACCAACGUCGUGAUCCGUCAUGAUGGCCAGAUCAUGUGGGACGCGCCAGCCAUCACUAAAAGCUCCUGUAAAGUUGACGUCUCAUUCUUCCCCUUUGACGCCCAGCAGUGUCGUCUGACCUAUGGAUCAUGGACCUACAACGGCAACCAGCUUGAUAUUCUGAACGCCAUGGAGAGCGCAGAUCUCGCAGACUUGGUGGACAACGUGGAGUGGGAGGUGCUGGGAAUGCCGGCCGAGAGGAAUGUCAUUCUGUACGGCUGCUGUGCAGACCCUUAUCCGGACGUGACCUACACUCUGAAACUGAAGAGAAGGGCCUCGUUUUAUGUGUUCAACUUGCUCAUUCCCUGUGUGAUGAUCUCUUUCUUGGCUCCGCUGGGCUUCUAUCUACCUGCAGACUCUGGAGAGAAGGUGUCUCUGGGGGUCACUGUGAUGUUAGCACUCACCGUGUUUCAGCUGUUGGUAGCUGAGAUCAUGCCUCCCUCAGAGAAUGUUCCUCUUAUAGGAAAAUAUUACAUAGCCACAAUGACCAUGAUCACUGCAUCCACUGCCCUCACCAUCUUUAUUAUGAACAUACAUCACUGCGGCCCUGAGGCCAAACCUGUCCCAGAAUGGGCCAAGAAAUUUAUCCUGCAGUAUCUGGCCAGGAUUUGCUUUGUCUAUGAAGUCGGUGAGAACUGCAUGACCUCACAGCCAGAGAGACCAGACCCCCAACCACCAAAAGCGCCUGAAUCCAACUGCAACAUGAACGGCCAAGCUGGGAAAGAUGACUUUGUGUUCAAAUUUGAGGAUGCCACGUCUCCAAAGCUCCCAGGUGACACAGAAGACGCGUCUCAGAUCAUGAGUCCGGCGUGCUCACUGGGAAAACACCCCACCUGUCAGUAUGGUGUGUGGAAGGAGGGAGUGUUCAUGAGUAUGGACUGCGGUGAUGGGGCGGCAGAGGCGGGAAAAGCCACAGGAAGAGGAGAGGAUGAAUACAGAGAUCAUGAUGGCAGGCUCAAAGUGCAGUGCAAGUGUGAGAAGCAACAUCUCAUGAGGAAUAUUGAAUAUGUCGCAAACUGUUACCGCGAUCAGAGAGCCACAGCAAGAAGAACUGGAGAGUGGAAAAAGGUCGCCAAGGUUCUGGAUCGAUUCUUCAUGUGGCUGUUUUUCAUUAUGGUUUUCUUCAUGAGCCUACUUAUAAUGGGGAAAGCCAUAUGA